AUGACUAUUGAAAGUUCUGGAGAGCUGCAGCCACCCUUUGCCGAUUUGGCAUGGGCAUGCAACAAAGAAGCAUCCAGCGACUUCCGCUCCGAUUUCUUCACCAAGCCCACACUACCCAUGCUCGAAGCCAUCAUCAACACAUCCCUCGGCGAUGGCGACAUGGACGAGGACAAAACCACUAAUUCCUUCCAAGACUACGUCGCCGACCUAGUAGGCCACGAGGCCGCCCUCCUCGUCGUCUCCGGCACAAUGGGCAACCAAGUGGCCCUCCGCUCCGCCCUCGGCGCACCACCACACUCAAUCCUCGCCGACCACCGCGGCCACAUCAUCAUCCUCGAAGGCGGCGGCGCCUCCAGCCUCUUCGGCGCAAUGAUCAAACAAGUCGUCCCAUCAAACGGCCACCACCUCACCCUCGCCGACAUCAAAAAACACGCUACCACCACCACAACCGUGUACGACUGCCCCACCCGCAUCAUCAGCCUAGAAAACACCCUCUGGGGAACCGUCAUGCCGUUGGCAGAAAUCCGUGCUAUUUCGCACUGGGCUCGCGCUCAGAACCCGCCUAUCCAUAUGCACCUCGACGGCGCCCGUCUGUGGGAAGCAGUGGCGGCUGGAGCCUGUACAUUGCGCGAUAUGGGCGAGUGCUUCGAUAGCAUCCAGAUGUGCUUUACCAAGGGUCUUGGAGCCCCUAUUGGUAGCAUCGUGACAGGGACUUCUACGUUUAUCCAGCGAGCGAAGUGGAGUCGCAAGCUGCUGGGCGGAAGUACGCGGUCGUCUGGUGUGAUUGCUGCGCCGGCUCGUGUUGCUAUUGAUCAGGUUUUCCUUGCCGGGAAGUUGAAGGCUGCGCAGGAUAAAGCGGCACGGGCGUCACGGCUGUGGGAGCAGUUGGGUGGGAAGCUGGCUGUGCCGACUGAGACGAAUAUCAUUUGGGUUGAUCUUGAGGCGUCGGGGUUGGUGUCUGAGGCUUUUUAUGCCAUGGCGGCGAAGUUUGAUAUCAAGAUUGGGGCGCCGAUUUUUGGGCGGAUUGUGUUUCAUUAUCAGAUUAGUGAGGGGGCGUUUGGGAGGCUUUGUGAGUUUUUUAGGGCGGUGUUUAGGGAUAAUGGGAAGUUGUGA